GCUGUGCAAAGCAACAGACAUGGACACCAUGAUUUACCUGGAUCAGGAGAACGGCAGACUGACCACUCCAUCCAUCAAAUCUCGCCCGAACAGACUGCACUCAGCUCCAGAUCAGUGCUUGAGAACACCUCUGUCAGGAAAGGCGCGUCUCGGAGCUCCUCUGCAAUCCACCCGAAAAGCUUUGGGAGUCAUAAAUAAGGUUGUUGCCACCCCAGCAGCCACUUAUAAAGCAGAGGAGAAAACCAAACCUGCAGAGGCCAAGUGUAAGGUGCUUGCUCAGCCUGCUGGUGAGGAGUUGCCAGAGAUUGAGAAGUGCUUCCCGUACAAUCCAAGCGAGUUUGAGACCUACAGUGUUCCAGAUGAAGUCUACCUCAGUGGUUUCUCUCUGGCUGGUUUGGCUAAACCGACGUGGCCGGCUGCUUCACUUGCUGUGGAAGAGCUUAUUAUGGAUCAGUGUUUGCCACUCUCACCUUUAAAGAUGCCCAGUGCAGUGGAAUAUGCUGAUGAAAUGGAGGCCUUCCUACAGACGAUAAAUGAGCUGACUGUUGACUUGCCCCCUGAGUGUGAAUUUUAAAUUUAUUUUUUUUGAAUUGUGAAC